UGAAUAUGCAUAUUAACGUUACUAAUAAAAUAGAGUUAAAAUGAUUUUUACCCAAAUGCUUUAUUAGUUGUUUGAUAAAAAGCAAAUAAUACAUAGUAUUCUUGAAUUUACCUAAACCAAUGACUUGUUGAACAAUUAAAUAUAAAUAGUUACUUUGUGCAUACAUUUUACCAUGGAAGAUAUUUUCAAAUUAAAUGAUGUAUUUUUUAAUUAUUAUUUUUUAACUGGCGGAUUAUUUCUUAGUUAUUUGAUUUAUCGGAUUUUGUAUUCAUUUAUAAGUGAUAAUAAUUAUAUUCAUUCUAAAUAUACAAUUCGUGGGCAUACAUGGAGAAGCAUUGAAUGUAAUAAAUCCAUUCCUUAUAACAUUUAUUGCACAGUUUGUGGUAAACUCAUGUUGCCUCUGGUUGGGCUUUUCUGUGAGUGCUGUGCAGUUACUGCAUGCCAGAGAUGCCACUGUACAAUAGAGAAGAGAUUCAAAUGUAAACCUGUUUCAUGGCCCAGUGAUAAACCCUUUCACCACCAUUGGGUUAAUGUUGGCACAGUUCGUGCUGAGAAUCCUGAUAAUGUUGAAGAUACCAUUAAAAAAUAUUUUUGCUGUUGGUGUCAAAGAACAAAGUUGAGUAAUAUUGACAUCUUAAAUAAUUCUGAGGAAUGUGACUUUCAAAAGUAUAGAAAUAUUAUAAUCCCACCUGCUUGUGUACAAAUAGAGAAAGGAUUAAUAACCAAUAUUAAAUCAAUUCAAGAUACAAAUUGGGAACCACUAAUAAUAUUAGCAAAUCGUAAAUCUGGCAGCAACCGAAGUGAUGAAGUUCUCUCCAUUUUUAGAGGUCUUCUUAAUCCCAUACAGGUGGUGGAUAUUAGCGUAAUGUCGCCGGCGAGCGUGGUCCGCUGGUUGCCGAACCGCUGCCGCGUGCUGGCAGCCGGCGGAGACGGCACAGUAGCCUCGGUCCUCAACGCCCUACAGUCCGCCCCUCAUAUUAAAGCUCCUGUUGCUAUUCUGCCUAUGGGGACAGGAAAUGAUUUAUCACGAGUGUUAGGUUGGGGUCCGACUUGCUCGUCUCAUUUAGACGCACAUUUUAUCAUAGCCUCUAUAAAACAAGCCGAGGAACAGGUUUUGGAUAGAUGGAAGGUAACUAUAAAACCAAAGCGCCGUCGACUCGGUCGCUUGCGGCCGGACCGCGUGUUAUAUGCAUACAACUACGCUAGCAUCGGCGUCGACGCCCAGGUCGCGCUCGAUUUCCAUAACGCUAGGAGACAGUUUCUCUAUAGAUACGCUAGCAGAACCCUUAAUUAUAUGGCGUAUGCGUUCCUGGGCGCGGGGCGGUGGCUGGACGCGGGCGGGUGCGCGGGGCUGGAGCGGCGGCUGCGCGUGCGUGUGGGCGGUGCGCGGGACCCGCUGCCGCUGCCGCUGCCGCCGCUGCAGGCGCUCGUCGCACUCAACAUACCCUCCUGGGGCGCCGGUGUACACCUCUGGGGGAUGGGUAAAGAAGAAGUACCUGAGCAGAGUAUUAACGAUGGUAAACUGGAGGUAGUAGGAAUUUCCUCAUCGAUCCAUAUAGCGCGACUUCAGUGUGGCCUAGCUGAACCAUUUCGCUUUACGCAAGCUUCAAGAGUAAAGAUCGAUAUGGAAGGAUCGUGCGCAAUGCAAGUAGAUGGUGAGCCGUGGAUGCAAGGUCCGGCGUCUAUACUGAUUGAGCACUCGGGUCAUAGCAUUAUGUUACGCGCAAUAAACCGUAGAUCUGAUUAAUUUAUUUUGUUAUAUAUGUAGCUAGAACUCUUUUAAAUUUUACAGGGUUAUUUUUUUUAUUUCAGUCAAGUAGUAUUAUUAUGAGUUUUAAAUUACUUAUAGUUUACAGAUUAA